CUUUUGCACUUUCACUACGUCUAACAAUUCUGCCGCCCCAGCUGCCGUCGCGAACGGUCACAAAUCACUCAACAAAGCAAAACCGGCAAUUGUCACGCAUCAAGCGGCCUAAACUCAAUAAAAUUAGCUAUCUGCAGCAUACCCACCCGAAGACUCAUGGGUCGAACCUAAUGCAAAUGCAAAUGCGAUUCUUUAAUUUAGUGCAAUUGGUAACGUCGAAGCAUCAGCAACGCGUCAAAUUCAAUAAAUACUGAAAAAAUUUAAAUGGAAUUGAAAAUUUGAAAAAAAAAAAAAUAAAUAAAAGUGGAUUGCCUCAAAUCAGUAUUUGAGAUUCGUUCGUAUACUUUUGCGCCGGACUUUGAAGAAAGUGCAGCCUCUCCACCGCCGCCGCCCAAAAUCACCACAUCCACGAUGAAACGUUUCAAUUGUUUUAGUUUACGUUCAUUUGGCUUUGUUGUAGCCGGCUUUGAUAUCAUUGUAGCUCUAUGUACGCUGGCACUUUGUUCCUGGUAUCUGUGGACCGAUAUUGUUCAUGUAUUUUAUUGGCCUCAGGACGAGGUGAAAAUAUUAAGUCCGCUAAGUAAUUUCAUUGCAACAAUGGUUGAUUAUAUUCUCGUGCAUAAUUUCUCCAAUGCAUUCUAUAUGGUUUUGGCUGUUACUGUUUGGGUGAAAUCGUUGAUUAAUUUAAUAGUUGCUUCUAUACUCAUGGAUGGUAUAAGAAAGCGUCUUGUUUGCAUUGCUCCCUGGCUCAUAAACACCAGCAUUUCGAUUGCCAUUGAGAUAGCCGUAUUCGUUUUCAUGGUAAUCAAAAUGAAUGAAUUCGAAGAGGAAAUAGCAUUGGAUCGACGCAUUGUGCACAGUGUGAUUUUUGGUGUAUUUAUGGUUUUUAAUGCGCUCUCGGUGUUCGGCAUAUUUGCAUUAUACAAAAUGCUCAAAGCUACCGCUAAUGAGAAUCGUACACUACAGGAGAGUAUUGUGGAAGCAGCUGGUCUCUAUCAGCAUGUUAAAGUUUAA